UUCUCCAGCCUUUCGUCAUUUCUUAGCGCUCCCGCUGCGGUCCCACCAGUCUCACUUUUCCGUAAAACAUCGUUGAAGAAUGACUAAUUUGCCAGUUUUAAGUAUUUACUCAAUGCCUAGCUAAUUGCACAUCGCGAACAAACACACAGAAGUUCAGUUUAAGUUGGAGACGCGAGCGGCACCAGCGAAUCAGCCAAGAUGAAGAGGCAGUUUGCGAAAAUCAAAAUAGCUGCCGAAAAUCUGUCAAGAUCGAGCAAGUCGGACAGCAAGGACUCCGAGCUGGAGGCGAUCGAGCGGCAGGUGGACAGAUACCGGGACACCAUCGAGAAGAUCGUCCGCAAGCUGCCGGCGCUCAGCGGCGGAGGCGGAAGUGGCAGCGGGAGCAGCGAGGAACAGGACAAGCGGACCAAGAAGAACAGCCACUACAAGAUCGCCCAGGCCCUGGACGAGUCCGCCAAGGAGCUGCCCAAGGACAUGCCGUUGCAGAAGGUCCUCGCCAAUUGCGGCGAGCUGGAGAAGACGAUGGCCGAGUGCAUCAUUGAGAGCGAACUGGAGACGGAGUCCAAGGUGGUGAGGCGGCUGAAGAACAUCUUGGACAAGGAGAUCCAGGAGAUCUCCACGCUCAAGCGCAACGUGUCGCGCACUCUGCAGGAGUACACCUCGCUGAAGCGCAGCCAUGAGGCGGCAAUCCGUCUGGAGGAACCAGCGGCCAAGGUUAACCACAUCAAGAGCCAGCAGGAGGAGUGCGAGCUGAAGCUGGAGAAGGAGCGUGAUGCCUGGGCGGCCCAGAUGCUGGAGCUGAUUGCCAAAGAGGACGAGAUCGUUAGCUGCAUCCGCGACUAUGUACUCAACCAAAGAAACUAUCACGAACGCGCCCUGCAGCACGUAAACGCCUCGCUGGCCCGCAUCCAGGACACCAUCCAGGGCACAGAGAAGUCCCGCUUCGGCACGUCGCUCAAGGAGCACUUGGUAUCCACCAACCGCGAGAUCUCUUACAUUGUGGAGCUGUGCUGCUGCUGCCUGUUAGAGCACGGCCUGGAGGAGGAGGGUCUGCUGCGCGUGGGCUGCGCCAGCACGAAGCUGCGGCGCAUGAAACACGCCCUGGAGGCGCAGCAUGUGAAGACGCCGCUGCCACUGGACUACCAGGACCCCCAUGUCAUUGGUUCCAUACUCAAGCUGUACUUGCGCGAGUUGCCCGAGCCGCUGCUCACCUACAACCUGUACAAGGACUUCAUCCGGAUCGCUGAAAGGCACAACGAGGCCGAGCGCAAGACGGAGAUCAAGGCCAUUCUGACCAAGCUCCCCAAGGAGAACUACGCGAACCUGCGCUACCUCACCCGCUUCCUGUCCAUCGUGCAGCAGCGCUCGGCGCUCAACAAGAUGAGCUCGCAGAACCUGGCCAUCGUGAUGUCGCCGAACAUGCUGUGGCCACGCGUGGACAAGAGCAGCAACGCCCCGGCCGACUACAUUGGUCAGGUGAACAGCUCCUCGGCAGCCAACAUCAUCGUGGAGCUGCUGAUCAGCCAGUGGGACUACUUCUUCACCGGCGAAGUCGAGUUCUAUUUGACCCUGCAGAAGCAAAAGCUUUUCGUCGAGGGCAAGAGCAAAUCCAACUCCUCCAACGAGAACCUGGAUAGAAACGACAGUGAAGUCAUGGAAAGUCCACGCUACGGUACAUUGCGCAGGCAAAAAGCUAAUGCACCUUCGCCUCCCACCACCAAUGGAAACGGCACAAUUAUGACCACAUCACAGACCUCGCACCGACCACAUGCAAAGGAGCUGUUCCCACAGCAGACGCCGGAGAAGCAGGAGAAGCCCGCCAAGCCGCCGCUCCCGAAUCUGCCGCAGUUUCAAUCGCCAGCUGCUAGUCAGCCGACACAGACGCAGCUAGAACCACUGCCUCCGCCGCCAGUAACGCCAGCCAAGCCUGUUCCGAUGACGCGGACACAGUUCUUCGGGCUGGACAACCUGCCCUCUCCAACGGCCGAUCGCAAGAGCAGCGACAGCAUUGGCAGCUUCAAGUUGAAGCCAGAUGUGCCGCAGAAGCCCCUGCUGCCCAAGCGACCGACUGUGCUGGGUGUGGGCGCGCCCAAGGCAGAUGGAAAGAGCGACGAUGAGGGCGGUACGACUCCCACUCAGGCGACCAUUGAUAAUGGCAAUGGCAGUGUGCGCUUUAAAACAGAGCAUUUUCUGGAAAAGCUGCGUCAGGAGAACGGCGAGACGAACGGAACGCGGGAGGGGCCGUCGGCGGCGAAGGAAAACAAUCACAACCACGAUCCGCUUCCUGCGGCUGGCGAACCAAAUCAGCAGCAAGCUCAGCAGCCAGCUCAGCCCCAAGUCACGACCCCCAUCUCUCCGAACUCAUUUCAAACGCCCAAGAGGCCAACGGUGCCAGCGCCGCCACCUCCCACAAACUGGAAGUCCUCGGACUAGAGGGGAAGGAGGAGGCGCGCAAGGGGAACGGGGUCAGAGUCAUUAGGUGUUACUGUUUACUCGUUAAGACUUGAACGCACAGUAAUAUAUAUAUUUAUAUGUAAUCGAAAUGAUCCUUGCGGUAAGGAGGCAUUGUGCAUUAUAGAGAGAAAAGCCUCUGCGUAUUAUGCAUUUGAAUUUUUGCCUUGUUCAUAAGCAAUCUAAUUUGUACGUGUUUAGCCAUAUAACAAUAUCACGCGAAAUCCAUUACGUAUAUAAAUGCAUAUAUAGUCUUUAGUAGGCCACCAUAAAUCAAUUGUCGAAAUUUGAUUUGUAGCCCAUGCAGCUCUCAAUUGUUAAUCCUUGUUUGAAAGGUUGUGAUACUUCAGAAAGGUUUUGUGUUUCCUUAAUUUUUUGCAUUGCUCUUGAGUCCAUUAUGUUUCCUUCUCCAACGAAAGACAUUGUGAUUCCCGUUUAUAAAAAAUUAUGAUUUCGAUAAAGCUCCAUUCUGAAUUCGGGCUAGUACAGAAGUAGAAUUCCAAUGUAUUAUUCAACUCACCAAGUACAUUUUGAUUGAAUUAUUAUUUCGAUGUGCGAUGUACUACUCUUUGUAUCUUUGCUUUAUUAAUUUGUAAUGCAAUUAUUAUUAUUUUUAUUUUAUAAUAAAAUUAUGUAUGAUAAACUGUUGUGUAUAUAAAAUAUACAUAAAACAAUGAAUAUGAUUUUACCCGA